AUGAGUGAUUACGCUCUGCACAACUUUGCGUCUCAGCAGUAUCGCAGAGUGCUGGCUCCAGCGCUUUUCAUAGGAAUGCCAGACCGCAUUCGAUGUUCCGACAACCCUUGUAUGCAGGAGGAUUUCCAUAUUCGGGCAUUAAAGCAUCCCCAUCAGUCCCCAGGUUGCUGCAGAGAGGCUAAUCAGUACGGCACGCCACGCACCGAGCCCCCAUCCGUGCUCUUAGUAUCUUUGGAUUCCAGUGAGGCCAUGUCCGAGCAUGAGGCGGCCCGCCGACAGAUCUUGCGCUCGGCAUGGAGGCUCGACAGCGAGUUCUUCUUCAGGGAUGGCGUUGUGAUCCAAGAUCGGCCACCCGCACGGGAGAUCUAUCGUAUUGAGUCGCAUGGCGAGAGUGCAGAGAAGGGAUGGAAUAAGAAGGCCAAAGAGAAAGACCAAGCCAUCUUGUCGAGCGAAACGGCAACCGGCGUGCCGAGUACACCCCAAGCCGUGCUGUGUGAUCUGAUCGAACGAUACUUUCUGGCGACCCGCAUCUUCUGUGAUCUGAAUGGUCAUUAUUAUAUGGUACCUGGACUUACGUGGGUUCUGUCGGCUGGGCUUCGCUCUCCGGAAAACAGCUUACACCUCGAAUGCCGGCAGCCGAAGAGCAGGGCGUAUACUGACGGUUUAAAAGACGGCGAGGCGGUGUCAUUGCGAAUGGUCCCUGAGGAAGGUCUACGCAAAGCUGCUGCCGGGCAGUGCCAAACUCAUGGUCGAGAAGUCCUCGAUACAUUCCGCCGACGGCAAGACCGCAUGCACAUGCGCCAAGCAGCGCGCUUGAAUGGUAUAAAGUCGCCGACUUUGGUCCUUGAGAAGGUGUAUAUUCGCCCGAGUGAAGUUUCUACCCAUGGCCCGCUCGUCAGGCGGCACAGUCCCAUCGUGUCAGAGGCGGCUGCGGGUCGUGAAGGCACCAAGUUCAAGAGCCAAGACUGCGCCAUUGCCAAGCCAGCAAGGAAUCCAGGUUUCGACAAGAACUGCCACCACGACACCGCCACACCGCCAUACACAUUCUUCCCCAAUGGCGACGGUUGA